AUGAAUAACUCUACAGUGAACUACACCACACCUGAAACAUCUACAAACUCCACAACUCAGUCCUUUGGGCCACUGCAGAUUUUGGAAAUGUGUCUGCACAGCAUCAUUUUUGCAUUUGGUCUUUCUACACACACAUUUGUUACAUGGUUCAUCAUGACAAGAACAGCAAGUGGAUUUGAGUUAGAGUUCUUCUUCCUCAAUCUCUCUGUUUCUGAGAUUGGUAACUGUCUGAAUAGUUUGAUUAGACUGCUGUCAUUCUGGUAUUCAGGCCUCUCAACAUUAAAACAGUGUUUAAAAGGACUAGCUAUCACUGGCCGUCCUCUGUUUCAGUGUCUGAUCUGUGUUGAGCGUUACCUGGCAGUGUUUCAUCCUGUAACCUUUCUGAAGUACAAACCUCUCAGAUAUAGAGUGAUCUGCUGCACUGCGGCCUGGAUAAUUAUUCUUGGAUCCUGCUUGGGUUGCAUGUUUAUAGUUUCACAUUACAUUGUAUAUCUGUGGUUUCUCUCGCUGCAGUUUUUACACUUUGUCUCCAUCCAAUUGUUUUGUCUAGUGGCUGUUCUCAGAGCUCUGAAGCAGUCAGGACCAGGAGAGAGAGGGAGAGAGAGAGGGGAGGAAAACCACAUGAAGAGAAGAGCGUUUCAUAUCAUUCUAAUAACUACUGUGACCAUGGUUAUCAUAUAUGUACCACUUACUUUCACAGCGUUAUUUACCAUUCUGACAAAUCUGAUUAUUCAGGAAGUUUGGUCUCCUUCUAUGAUUUGUUAUGUGUUGGCUGGUUUUGUUCAGCCUGUUCUUUAUCUGCACCGGACUGGAAAACUCUCCUGCCUCUUUUCUCCAAAUCUAAAACCAGCUAAUGCUAUUAUUUUACUUUUCAAAUCUAGGGAUUAGGG